AUGGAACUGGUUCGUAAGGCCUGCAGCUUUAUCCUUGGCAUGUCUUCUUCCAAUGGCAGCGAACUUCAGCUUGAGUCUCCUUCCAGCGAUUCCACGUCUCCACCCAAUGACCAAGUUGUUGGUAUCAAUUCCGAGGAUAAGGCAACGUCAGACUCCUUGAUCGAUGACUCCCAACAACUGCCACCUGAUCAAACACCACAAACAACCGAUUUGCUUCAGGAUCAACUUGAACAGUCAACAGCUGAAUCAGCUCACGAGUCUAUGGAAGAGCCAAUGGUAUCACCAGUAUGUGAAGGCACCAAGUCUGAAAGCGAGUCUUCUAUUCAAGAUACAGAGGAGACAGUAACAAUAACGGAUAAUGAGCAACCACAUCCAGCAGACACCACAACCCAAGAAACAACAUGCGAUGAUUCAUCCGAUAAGCAAGCGAAGACCAAGAAAAGACAACAAUCCUCCCUUGAUGUGUACGCUGGAUAUUCACAACCGAGCAAGAAGCAACGAAAGAGAAAGCGCAAAGCACAACAAAAGGUCGUGGAUCAGGCAGCAAAAAGCUUCAAUGACGUCGUUGUACACUAUGACCAGAACAACAUCCCUCAAGACUUAUACAAAUAUUACAUGCAACGAUAUUCUUAUUUCUCAAAGUUUGAUCAAGGCAUAUUGAUGGAUCGAGAGGGCUGGUUCUCGGUGACACCUGAAGGGAUUGCGAGACAUAUUGCGCAACGAUGUCAAAGUGAUGUUGUCAUUGAUGCAUUCUGUGGAUGUGGAGGGAACGCUAUUCAAUUUGCGUUUACAUGCGAAAGAGUCAUCGCCAUUGAUAUUGAUCCUGUUAAGCUACACUGCGCACGACACAAUGCACGGAUCUACGGAGUUGAGGAUCGAAUUGAAUUCAUUCAAGGAAGCUUUUUCGAGCUUGCCCCUCGUCUCAAGGCAGAUGUUGUAUUCUUAUCACCGCCAUGGGGUGGUCCCUCUUACCUUGGAGCUGACAAGUUUGACCUUGUAUCCAUGAUACCAGGCAAUGGACAAACGAUCUUCGAUAUUGCACGCCAAAUCACACCCAACAUUGCCUAUUUUCUACCACGCAACACGGAUCCUCAGCAACUUGCUCGCUUGGCUGGCCCAGGAGGAGUAUGUGAAAUAGAAAAGAAUUAUCUCAAAGGUCGUUUCAAGGCAAUCACUGCAUACUAUGGAUAUUUGCAAAAUGAUAUUUCAACGUCCCAGUGUACAUAG